UGAUUUGUAUUCUGCUCGACAUUCAACACGCCAAUUUUAGUCCAGAAUCCGUUGUCCGUUUGCUCCCUGAUUUCAAUAUGGUAGGUUCAUCUCCAGAUGCUCCCUGAUAAUUUUAUACUUUGAUCCGUCAUAGGUUACACACCUUCCAGCGCAGAUAUGCUAACUCCUUGCCAGGCUCAUCGAAUAAUAACUCAAGUCGUGGUCACCGGAACUCGAGUCUUCAGUCGAGCUUGCGCAGAAGCAUGGAAACAAGCCUCCGCCAGCGCUCAGUACGCCAAAGCUCAAGCAAAGAACAACCCGGGGGCUGCGAACACAUUUGCCUCCCAGGGCCUCACACUCGAAGAAGCAUGCAAGAUCCUUAAUGUAAAACCACCACAAAAUGGCAAAGCGAAUAUCGAGGACGUGACGGAGAGAUUCAAGAAGCUGUUUGAUGUGAAUGAUCCGAAGAAGGGAGGGAGUUUCUAUCUACAGAGCAAGGUCUUACGGGCAAGGGAACGAAUAGAGGCGGAGGUCCGGUCAGCGACGGAGAAGGCGGAACGAGAAUCAGAACUGAAAGAAGGGUGGAAGCCGAAGGUAUUCAAGGACCGGUAGCCUUCGAACGGGGAAUAGCGCUGAUAUGGUCUCGACAAUAGUGAUCAAAGGAGAAAGGCGGACGAGUAAUGCUCGGGAGGAUGAAAGUGCAAGAUUGGUGUUGCCCAAUCUAGACUUGCCUUUGUGGCGGGUCAUCAGCACUUUAUGUGCAAAUCUUCCCUCUGUUUUCAACAUAGCCAGGCGUUUGGGGAUGUAAUGUAUAUUUUGGGGUUAGGUCAGCAUUUUUGUAGACUAGGUGGUCUACCUUGUAUGUGUACGUUAUCAGACAGAAUGGAGACGAUUUGGAGACAUAUACCAGGGAUAAUAUGUACGAAGAAGGUGCGAAUACAGUGUGUCGAGGGGUAUCGUAUCGAAGCAAUUUUCAUAAAGAGCUAAAUUCAAGCUAACCA